AUGCCAGGCGAAGCCGCCGCUUUGACGGCCCCGGCGUACGGCGCUCUGAUCCACCGCCUCGCCUCCACCGGCCGCGUCGAUGCCGUCCACGCCGCCCUCGCCUCCGCGCGCUCGGCCCUCGCCCCCGCCUCCCUCCACCCGCUCUACGUCGCCUCCAUACGCGCCUUCGCCCGGGCCGGCCGCCUCCAGGCCGCCGUCGACGCCUUCGAGCGCAUGGACCUCUUCGCCUGCCCGCCCCAAGCCCCCGCCUAUAACGCCAUCAUGGACGCCCUCGUCCACUCCCACCACCACCACCAGGCCCACAAGGUCUACGUCAGGAUGCUCGCCGCCGGCCUUGUCCCCGACCUUCACACCCACACCAUCCGCCUCCGCUCCUUCUGCCUCACCGCCCGCCCGCAUGUUGCCCUCAGACUCCUGCGCACUCUGCCAGACCGUGGAUGCCAUGCCAGACCCGUCGCGUACUGCACCGUCGUGUCUGGACUCUAUGCGCACGGCCACCCCCACGACGCACGUCGCCUGUUCGAUGAAAUGCUCCUGGGACCGGUGUUCCCUGAUACUGCCACUUUUAACAAGGUCCUGCAUGAUCUUUGCAAGAAAGGGGAUAUCUCUGAGGCUGCCGCGCUUCUUGCCAAGGUUCUCAAGCGGGGGAUGUCUGUGAACAGGUUCACCUACAAUAUUUGGAUCAGGGGGCUCUGCGAGUGUGAGAGGUUGGCCCAAGCCGUUGCACUUGUAAAAGAGAUGGACGACUACAUCACACCAGACGUUGUGACCUACAACACGCUCAUCCGUGGCCUUUGCAAGGGCUACAGAGCCCAGGAGGCUGCACACUACCUUCGUAGGAUGAUGAACCGGGGCUGCAUGCCAGAUGAUUUCACCUAUAACACCAUUAUUGAUGGGUACUGCAAGAUGGGAAUGAUGCAAGAAGCUACUGAGCUCCUUAAGGAUGCUGUCUUUAAAGGUUUUGUACCGGACCGGGUCACAUAUUGCUCCUUGAUCAAUGGCCUAUGUGCCGAGGGUGAUAUCGAGAGGGCGCUGGAGCUGUUUAAUGAGGCUCAAGCAAAAGAGCUGAAACCUGAUCUGGUAGUGUACAAUUCUCUUAUCAAGGGACUCUGCCGCCAGGGGCUGAUCUUGCAGGCCUUGCAGGUCAUGAAUGAGAUGUCUGAGGACGGCUGUCAUCCUGACAUUUGGACAUACAACAUUGUUAUCAAUGGGCUGUGCAAAAUGGGGAAUAUUUUGGAUGCCACAGUUGUGAUGAACGAUGCCAUUUUGAAAGGAUACCUUCCUGAUGUGUUCACCUUCAACACAUUGAUUGAUGGGUACUGCAAGAGGUUGAAGCUGGACAGUGCUCUUCAGCUUGUUGAAAGGAUGUGGACAUAUGGCAUCACCCCUGAUGCUAUCACAUACAAUUCGGUCCUUAAUGGUCUCUGCAAGUCUGGGAAGGCCAAUGAAGUUAACGAAACAUUCAAAGAGAUGACACUUAAAGGAUGUCGACCAAACACUAUUACCUACAACAUAUUGAUAGAGAAUUUCUGCAAGUCCAAUAAAUUGGAAGAGGCCUCUGGGGUGAUAGUGAGGAUGAGUCAAGAAGGACUAGCUCCUGAUGCAGUUAGCUUCAACACACUUAUUCAUGGAUUUUGUAGGAAUGGUGAGAUUGAGGGAGCGUACGUACUUUUUCAAAAAUUGGAGGAAAAGGGGUACUCCACAACAGCUGAUACAUUUAAUAUCCUAAUUAGCGCAUAUUGCAGUCAACUGAACAUGCAAAUGGCUGAAAGUAUUUUUGAGAAGAUGGUCCAGAAGGGAUAUAGACCUGAUUCAUAUACUUAUCGCGUCCUAAUUGAUGGAUCAUGCAAGACUGCAAAUGUUGACCGCGCAUACGAGCAUCUCGUGGAAAUGAUAAAUGGGGGUUUCAUUCCAUCAAUGGCUACUUUUGGCCGUGUAAUAAAUACACUCGCAGUGAACCGUCAGAUUACGGAAGCUGUGGGCGUUAUUCAUGUCAUGGUUAGAAUUGGAGUUGUUCCCGAGGUUGUAGAUACCAUCUUGAGUGCUGAUAAGAAGAAGAUAGCUGCACCAAAGAUACUUGUUGAGGACUUGAUGAAGAAGGGUCACAUUAGUUACCCUACUUAUGAAGUACUGCAUGAAGGAGUGAGAGAUAACAAACUAAAUAGAAAACAGGAACAGAAUAAAUAUAUUUAG